GCGGUCAUGUUUCACUCUCAUUCUCGUCUUACAACUGGACCACACCGACCUCUGGCGGAUCUGUCGCUCAUUGAUACCAUGGCCCACCACCAACACGGCACCCCGGGGGCGCUCCUGUCCCGUCCUGGACCGCCAAGCCGGGAUCGUCUCCCCCAGGCAUGCGGUCCAGUGUACUGUACUGCCAACAAUUCCACCACUCAUGUUCCCACCUCGCUACACUGGGGACUUGCAGAGGUUCAUACUUUGUAGACGCUGCUUAUUCUAAUCGCAGCUAGAUUCCUUCAAUAAAUAUGAUUUCUUCCAUUUCAGGUGGUUCUCGCCCGGAAGUGGAUGGUCAAGCUUGCGCUUCGAGUCGAUGGCGUUAUUGGCACUCAAAUAAGGAAACCAACCAAAUCCAUGACUUUCCUUA